CAGCUUCUGAGGAUCGAGGAGGAGCUGGGCGACGCUGCGGUGUAUGCUGGCCUCAAGUUCGCCUGACUUCCAUCAAAGUGUAAUCAUGUUGUACAUAGUACACUGUUCUCCAUCGGCGUCGACUCCCAAGCAGCUGGCAUGACGAGCACUGCACAAGGUCCCUGCUGCCUGCUGACUGUCAAUGGCUCCCUUCCCUGCUGCAGGAGGAGAAAUUCAUUCUCAGAUCACAAGAACCACAGAACAGCAAGGGUGAUAUUCAGGUUGACAUAUUUCCAUAGACAAUCUAACCUGUACAGGGAUGAGUAAGAGAUGAAAAACUUCAAUUGAAAGCACCGCAAAGGGACACCUCGAGAAACUGCCCAAGCAUGGAGCUCUCUCCAUGGCUCGUCUUGUUUGGCGCUCUUGUGCAGGCUUCUGUCAUCCUGGCUGACACAAAUGCGCAAGACACUGCUGGCCUCACCGGGAUCGCAGCUUCCUGGGACACCAAACCAUCAAACUGGGAUGGCAAUGAUCCAUGCGGCGACAAGUGGAUCGGGAUAAUGUGCAUCCAGGACCGGGUCACAUCCAUAAGACUGUCAAGUCAAUCACUGUCCGGAACUCUUUCGGGGGACAUUCAAUCUCUGUCGGAACUACAAUACUUGGACUUAUCCUAUAACAAGGACUUGGGUGGCUCUCUUCCUUCAUCCAUUGGAAGCUUGAGCAACCUCCAAAAUUUAAUACUUGUUGGCUGCAGCUUUGCUGGUGAAAUACCUAAAGAGAUUGGCCAGCUCUCAAAGCUGAUAUUUCUAUCUCUAAACUCCAACAGGUUCACUGGUCGCAUACCACCAUCACUCGGUGGCCUCUUGAAGCUAUACUGGUUUGAUCUGGCUGACAAUAAGCUCACUGGAGGACUUCCGGUAUUCGACGGUACAAAUCCCGGUUUGGAUAAUCUGACAAAUACAAAGCACUUCCACUUUGGCGGUAAUCAGCUCUCUGGCACCAUACCGAGCCAGAUUUUCAACUCACACAUGAAGCUGAUACAUUUUCUUGUCGACAACAACAACUUCUCUGGCAGCAUCCCCCCUACUCUAGGCCUUCUUAACGUGCUGGAAGUUCUACGUUUUGAUAACAACAAACAGUUGUCUGGGCCAGUUCCAACCAACAUCAACAACCUCACCAAGCUUGCUGAACUCCAUCUAGAAAACAAUCGGCUCACUGGCCCACUGCCAGACCUGACAGGAAUGACUGCGCUCAGCUUUGUGGACAUGAGUAACAACACCUUCAAUGCAUCCGAUGCUCCAGCUUGGUUCACCACUUUGCCGUCUUUGACUUCAUUAUACCUAGAGAAUCUGCAAAUCGGCGGGCAGCUUCCGCAAGAACUUUUCGCCCUUUCUGCAAUUCAGACACUGAAGCUUCGGGGCAACCACUUCAAUGGCACCCUAAAUAUUGGGUCGGACUUUGGUAGCCAGCUCCAAACAAUUGAUUUGCAGGACAAUCAAAUCGAUCAGCUCACUGUUGGGGGAACCCAAUACAACAAGAAACUCAUACUUUUAGGAAACCCAAUAUGCAACCAAGGGAACAACGAGCAAUACUGCAAAACCGCGACACAAUCCAACCCGGCGGCGCCACCAUAUUCUACUUCUAAGAACUGUUCUGGGCUGCCAUCGACAUGCCUCCCAAGCCAGCUUCUGAGCCCAAGCUGCACAUGUGCUGUGCCGUACAAAGGCACACUGUUCUUCAGGGCACCAUCAUUUUCUGACCUCGGCAAUGAGUCGUACUAUCUUCUACUGGAGAAGGACAUGAAGACCAAGUUCCUGUCAUACAAGGCCCCGAUCGACUCGAUCGCUCUUCAUAACCCAUUCUUUGAUGCGAACAACAACUUGGAGAUUAGCUUGGAGGUGUUCCCUGGUGGCAAGGUUCAGUUUGGAGAGCAGGACAUUUCUGACAUUGGGUUCAUUUUGAGCAAUCAAACGUAUAAGCCACCCCCUGCUUUCGGUCCAUACUAUUUCAUCGCUCAAAGCUAUCGUAUUGCAACAGAGGUGCCAGCAUCUAAAAAAUCAAAGGCGAACAAGUUGCCACUUAUCGUCGGAGUUGCUGCCGGUGGUGCAGUUGUUAUUGCAGUGCUGCUUGUUGUUAUUUUUUUCAUCACGAGACGGAAGAGAGAACCAAAGAAGACUGAAGAGAGAAGCCAGUCUUUCGCUUCUUUGGACAUGAAGAGCACCAGCACCAGUGUGCCACAGCUGCGCGGUGCGCGCACGUUCACGUUCGCUGAACUGAAGAAGAUAACCAAUAACUUCUCGGAGGCGAACGACAUAGGAAAUGGCGGCUUCGGGAAGGUUUACAGGGGGACACUUCCGACUGGGCAACUGGUUGCUGUCAAGAGAUCCCAGGAGGGAUCCCUGCAGGGGAGUCUGGAAUUCAGAACCGAGAUCGAGCUCCUGUCCAGGGUUCACCACAAGAACGUGGUGAGCCUUAUGGGUUUCUGCCUUGACCAGGGCGAGCAGAUGCUGGUCUACGAGUACAUCCCCAAUGGCACACUCAAAGAGAGCCUCACAGGUAAGUCCGGCGUGCGGCUGGACUGGAAACGGAGGCUCCGUGUCAUCCUCGGCACGGCCAAGGGCAUCGCCUACCUCCACGAGCUUGCAGACCCUCCCAUCGUCCACCGGGACAUCAAGUCAAGCAACGUCCUCCUCGACGAGCGGCUCAACGCCAAGGUCUCAGACUUUGGCCUCUCCAAGCUUCUAGGCGAGGACGGCAGGGGGCAGGUCACCACACAAGUCAAGGGCACAAUGGGUUACUUGGACCCUGAGUACUACAUGACGCAGCAGCUGACGGAGAAGAGCGACGUGCUGCUGCUGGAGAUGAUCACGGCCAAGAAGCCGCUGGAGCGCGGCCGGUACAUCGUCCGGGAGGUGCUCGCCGCGCUGGACCGGAGCAAGGACCUGUACGGCCUGCACGACCUGCUGGACCCGGUGCUGGGCGCGUCGCCCACGUCGCUGGGCGGCUUGGAGCAGUAUGUGGACCUGGCCCUGCGGUGCGUGGAGGAGGCCGGCGCCGACCGCCCGUCCAUGGGCGAGGCGGUGAGCGAGAUCGAGCGGAUCACCAGGAUGGCCGGCGGCGCCCCCGAGUCGGCGUCGGAGUCCAUGAGCUACGCCAGCAGGACGCCGCGCCACCCGUAUGGAGGUGACAGCCCGUCCGAGUACAGCGGCGGCGGGCUGCCGUCGUUGAGGGUGGAGCCCAAGUGAAGCUAGCUAGCUGCCAUGAUCAUGUACCGUACCAUAUCAAGUGUGAGUGUGAUGCGUGAGCUGAAAUUUGUUUACUAGUAUGUUUUGUACAGUUUACUUGCCUUAUGUGUAAAUUUUGGUUGAUGCUAAUUAGUGUGUCUGGACUAAGCAUUAGGUAAUGUAUAAAAACAGCAGCUCUCUGAGUUAGUUUCUCUUUCACUUUGAGAGUUCGAACUGCUGGCGCGAACAAUGCUAGCUUCCUUUUACCAGAAAGUUCUGUUUGUUGUUAAAUGAGAAAUGCUUGUCAAUAAGUGCAAUAAAUAAUCUUUCUAACACAAAGAAA